CUUUCCACAACAUCAUCCACUGAGGUUAACUACAAAUCCCGCCUUUACAGCCGCAUGGCGGCACGAAUACGAGAGGUAUGGGCGUCCAAUCUCGACGCGGAGAUGCGAGCCAUCCGUGACACUGUUGAACGAUAUCCGUACGUGGCCAUGGACACAGAGUUUCCCGGUGUCGUUGCGCGUCCAAUAGGCACAUUCCGUACAUCCUCGGACUAUCACUACCAGACAAUGCGGUGUAACGUCGACUUGCUCAAGAUCAUCCAGAUUGGUCUAACACUCAGCGAUGCGGAGGGAAACUUACCGGAUGAUGUGUGCACGUGGCAGUUUAACUUCCAAUUUGACUUGCAGGAGGACAUGUUUAGCCCGGAUUCUAUUGAACUUUUGCGAGAAUCGGGAUUGAACUUCCAACGACAUCUUACGGAGGGCAUACAGCCGAAUGACUUUGCGGAGUUGUUGAUCACUUCUGGACUUGUUCUUACGGAUGAGACGAAGUGGAUUUCUUUCCAUAGUGGCUACGACUUUGGGUACCUCGUCAAGCUGUUAUCUUGCGUCCAACUACCACCGAUGGAGGAAGACUUCUUUGACCUCUUCUCAUUAUGGUUUCCGACAGUGUAUGACGUGAAGUACAUGAUGAGGACGUGUAAAUUGCGGGGUGGGCUACAGGAUGUGGCAAAAAUGUUAGACGUUGUGCGCAUUGGCCCCAUUCACCAAGCCGGAUCGGAUUCCCUCUUAACUGCAUCUGUGUUCUUCAAGAUGCGUCAACUGUACCACGACGACUUACUCGACGACUCCGAGUAUAAGGGCAAAUUAUACGGCCUCGGCAAGACUGCGGUACAGCUGACAAACGGGACGUACGAUACAGUCUCAGCACAUGGACUAGUACAAUACGGGCGAAGCGCAGUGACGAGUGCGGAGCGAGAACGAACACCGCCGCGAGAACAGGCUGGUCUGACAGUGCAGGGGCAAACGCAACAGGGAGGGAGUCAGCAACAGGGUAUGAACCUCGGUGCACCGGGUAUGCUUGGUGGAGGGCCUGCGUCACUUCCUACACCUGGUGGUCCUGGGUUAGGUGGAUUCUCGAAUACGAUUGGUUCGCCGUAUGGUACGAUACCUGUUGGUGUUAACGGGGCGUACCAUUUGCGGCAAAUUGGUGUGGGCGGUGACCGAUGAGGAAUGAGAGAUGAAGGAGGGGAGGAGGGGGUAAUGAAGGUUCGCGUGGUAGCCUCUAUAUAAAUAUACUAAC